AUGGCCAUUGAUAAGAUUAUCCUGAACGGGAACAAGCUGCUAGAUGAUCAACAACUGGACGAAGCUCUUGUCCAAUUUGAAUUAGCACUUAAAGAGAAUCCAAAUGCUUUCAAGGCAUUGAUUGGUAAAGCUACUGCUUUACAAAGAUUGAAAAAAUAUGAUGAAACAUUUAAAGUAUUGGGUAAAGCUGGUAAAGUUGCUAAAGAUAGAGGUAAUAGAACUCAUUUAGCCACUGUUUUCCAUAAAUAUUUCCUGUAUUAUUAUAAUCAAAAUGAAUUACAAUUAGCUAUUGAAUAUUUAAAUCUUGCAAAAAAAUAUUCAUUUGAUAAACAACAAGUUGAAUUAUGGUUCAUUAAAUUACAUAAAAAGGCUGAUAAAUUAGAGUUGAAAGAUCUUGAUUGGACAGCUAUACAUAAUCCUGAUUCUACUCCAUCAAGUGCUGGUACAAAUACAACAACAUCAUCAUCUCAAUCACAAGAACAAACACAAACCCAACCACAAACACCAUCAACUUUCAAAGGGAAAGGUAUUAGACUUGAUAUGUUACAACAAGGUGAUGAUAAAGUUAUAAUCAAUAUUUUCAUUGAUAAAGUUCCAAAAGAUGAGAAAUUAGUUAAUGUUGAAUUUACUGAAACUUCUGUAUCAAUUGACUAUCCAACCAAAAACAGUUCAGAAUUUCAAUAUGAAAUUGAUCCAUUAUUUGCUAAAAUUGAUCCUAAAUCAUCAAAUUUCUUAGUUAAUGAAACUACAAUUCAAUUAAUCUUGGUUAAAGUUGAUACUUCUAUUGAUUGGACACAAAUUGAACAACGUGGUCAAGAAACUACUCAAUUAGUUAAUGGGAAUGAUGAAUCUAAUAAAAAAGAUGAAUCUGAUUCCCAAAUGAAACAAGCUAUAUUGAAUCCUACCAAAAAUAUCUCAUUAUCUGAGAAUAAACCUAAACCAAUUCCGAUUGAAGAAAUUUCAAAACCUUCAGGAAUUGCUUAUCCAUCAUCUGCUAAAAAUGCAAGAGAUUGGAGUAAAUUUGAAAUUGAAGAUGAUGAUGAAGAAGAAGGUGGUGAAGAUGCUUUCUUUAAAAAAAUUUAUGCAGGUGCUAGUGAAGAAGGUAAACGUGCAAUGAUGAAAUCUUAUCUGGAAAGUAAUGGUACUGCUUUAAGUACAAAUUGGGAUGAAGUUGGUUCUAAAAAAGUUGAAACUUCACCACCAGAUGGUCUGGAAGCCAAAAAAUGGUGA